AGAAAGACCAAAUAUAGGAAGACCACCAUUUUAAAUCACGAGUUCUUGCAUGUAAGAUGUUCGACACACAUCUUAAAUCUAAUCGUACGUGAGGGAUUGCAAGAGAUUGAUGUCCCAAUUGCAAGGGUGCGCAAUAUGGUGAGAUAUGUGAGGUCUUUCCCAUCUUGAAUGGCGGAAUUUUGGUCAUGUGUUGAGAAGGAGAAAAUUGUGUGUAGACUUAAACAUUGUUUGGAUGUGUCUACUCGAUGGAACUAUACAUAUUUCAUGUUGGAGAGAGCUUUAACUUAUCAAAAGGCCUUUGAUCGAUUGUGUGAUGAUCCGAACUUUAAUUAAAUGUAAGCGAGGAGGAGAUGGACAAGAAUUUUGAUGAUGUUGAUGGUUUUGAGGGUAUAGGUAGGGUAAUUCAAAUUGAGAAGAGAGAAAAAAAAGAGGGGGGGAAAGGGCGGAAGGAGUACGUUGGGCCUCCAAGUUCAAGUGAUUGUGAAAAGAUUAAGUUGUACGUAAAGUUUCUUCGAGUGUUUUACGUUGCAACUUUGAAAUUUUCGGGUUCUUUGUACGUCACUUGCAAUGUUUUUUGUGAUGAAAUGGUGUUGAUUCAACAAGACAUUAUGAAGUUGUGUGAAAACGAGGAUAGUAAUUUGUAUGAUUUGGCAAAGAGUAUGCGUAAGAAGUUUGACAAGUAUUUGGGAGAUUUUGAUAAGAUUAAUCUAAGGAUGAUGUUUGCGGUUGUUCUUGAUCCUCGAUGCAAAAUUGCAUUUUUUGAGUAUUGCUUGCAAAAUACCUUAGGCUAUGAUAAGGCAAUUGUUGGUGAGUUCAUGGAUAGGUUAAGAAGUGAAAUUACCCGUUUAUUUGGAUGGUAUGUGAAGCAUAAUGGUAGCUUGAAUGUGCGUAACAAAGAGGUUGGGGGAUCAUCGGACACCGUAGAUUUGGAUGGACUUGAAACGGACAUUGGUAAUCAUAAAUUUUUGAAAUCUCAAUUUAAGAUGCACAAACAAAAGGAAGGCAACAUGGCAAGCAAAACGGAAUUGGAAAAGUAUCUUGUGGAAACUAGUGAGGAUGAUUGUGACAACUUUGAUGUACUUCGUUAGUGGAAGUUAAACUCUUCGAAGUAUCCAAUUGUCUCUCAAAUGGCACGAGAUGUGCUAGCAAUUUCCGUGUCCACGGUAGCCUCCAAAUCCGCUUUUAGCACGGGCGGACGUGUCAUUGAUCCUUAUCGAAGUUCUCUCUUUCCAAAAACCGUGGAAGCACUAAUUUGCACACAACAAUGGAUUAAGAAACCAACCAAGAUCAAUAUAAGAGAACAACUUGAUGAAUUGGAGGCAUUAGAUUCGGUUGUCUUGGAAUCAAGUGAUAAGGACUAAGGGGUUGAUGCUUGGAUUGAGAAGUUCUAUCAUGGGUACACAAAUGGUAUGGCUUGAUAUGUUGAGGUGGUGAUGGCGAAAUGUUUUGAAUUGGUGAUGUUUUGGUAGUGAAUUUGAAAUGUUUUGUAAACUUUUAAUGUUAAUUUCGUGUUGUAUUUUGUAAUGAAACUAAUGUAAUGAACGGUGAAUGGUGACUCCGUGACUGUGACUGUGAAGGGUGACUGGUCAAAAAAAAAAGUAGUGAAGGCCUGAAGGGUGACUGUGUUUUAUUUGGAUAGAUCCUCGUGAAUAUUGACAUCAAUGGGGUUUCUGUUUUUGUUAUUUGAUUUUGUUUCUUAUGUUUGCUCGGGUGUCUGGGAAUACCCAUCAUAGGGAUUCAUAUUGCC